GCAGCUUUGUUGUCUACAGCUAAAACUUGAAGGCAGCUUUUCGUAUAUGGCAGCAACCAAGAGUGGGUUUAGUGGCGUAUGCGGAGAACGGGGAAAAAUUAUCAGCUCAGGAUGUCAUCUGAGGAAGAAGACCAGCCAGAGACCCCCAUUGGCUCCCCUUGGUCUUGGAUUCCAUUGAUGAAAGAUCCCGGUUGGAUUCGAAAUGUCUGGACUCGCAAUCUAAAUGUCCAAACCAUGAAUUACGUUGGACAGUUAGCAGGGCAAGUAUUUGUAACUGUGAAGGAGCUCUAUAAGGGGCUGAACCCAGCCACAUUGUCGGGAUGUAUAGAUAUAAUUGUUGUACGUCAGCCAGAUGGAAAUCUUCAGUGUUCCCCUUUCCAUGUUCGCUUUGGGAAAAUGGGAGUUCUACGUUCUAGGGAGAAAGUGGUUGACAUAGAAAUUAAUGGAGAGGCUGUAGAUUUGCACAUGAAACUAGGAGACAAUGGGGAGGCCUUUUUUGUGCAGGAGACAGAUAAUGAUCAGGAGGUAAUUCCUUAUCAUCUCUCCACAUCUCCCAUUCUGUCUGAGGGAACUGCUUUAAUGGAAUCUCAGCUGAAGAGGAAUUCCAUAGACAGGAUAAGAAACCUGGACACCAGUGCAUCCUCACAAUUACCAACCCAAGCCCAUGGAUCCCAGCCUUCUACUGAAACACCUCCAGUCUCUAGCUCUGUGAAAAAAAGGAGAAAGAAGAGGAGGAAGUCUACCCAUAAAAUAGACAACUUAAAAAGAGAAGACACACAUGGAGACACAUCAGAAGAUGAAGACAUGUUUCCUAUAGAGAUUAGCUCAGAGGAAGAAAAAGAACCAUUGGACAAUUCAAGGAUCCCUGUUCCAGAUGUGUUUGUUGAUGAUGUUUCUGACAUAAAGGCUCCUGCAGUUUCUGUACUUUCUCAGUCUGCACCUUACCCUCGUUCAGAUGGAGAAUGGUCACCUCUUCAAAGUAAGCCUAUAGAUUGUGCAGGGCAAACCUCUCUCCUCACUGUUCCAGCAGAUGGAGGCCUAUCUAACUCUUGUCCUCAACAAUCUUCCCACUUUUCUCUUCCAGACAGCCAAUCAGAUUCACGCCCUCCUACUCCUCAAAGUGACUCGGAAUUAGUUAGUAAACCUAUGGACAGAAGUGGACUGAAGGAUAAUCCCCACAUGCACUGGGCAUGGGGAGAGCUACCCCAGGCUGCAAAGGCCAGUUCUUUGCUCAAAGCAAAGGAACCCAGCGUGGUGGACGUAAAUCCUUCUGAAAGCACUCACUUUCGGGUCAUCCAGAGCUCUCCUUUAGAGGAGCUUAAUACAGUAUCUCCUUCGCCUGCCCUUGGACAAACAGAUGCAGCAACUGCUGAUGAAAGUGAGCCCUUACCAGUUGAGACAAAUAAGCCAGAGACAGAGUCGCCAGGAGCAACUGUACCACCGUUGCCUGCCAAUGAAGAAAUAAAACAAGCUGCAGCUUGCUCAGCCCAACCAACUGGCAAGACAGAUUCCCCUUCGAGAAAGAAAGACAAACGAAGCCGGCAUCUUGGUGCUGAUGGUGUCUAUUUAGAUGACCUCACUGAUAUGGAUCCAGAAGUUGCUGCACUGUAUUUCCCCAAGAAUGGGGAUAAUGUCCAAAGUAAGAGCACGAAUGACACGGGGCCGCGGUCGGCCAGCCACUCUCCACAGUCUGUUGGGAGCUCAGGUGUUGACAGUGGAGCUGAAAGCACCUCGGAUGGAAUUCGGGAUUUGCCCUCCAUUGCCAUUUCUCUCUGUGGAGGCCUUACUGACAACAAAGAGAUAACCAAAGAAGAAUUCUUAGAACAUGCAGUCACAUAUCAGCAGUUUGUGGACAAUCCUGCUAUCAUCGAUGACCCUAACCUUGUGGUUAAGAUUGGAAAUAAGUACUAUAACUGGACGACAGCUGGUCCCCUUCUGCUGGCAAUGCAGGCAUUCCAGAAACCUUUGCCAAAGUAUUCAUGCUUAAGUUACUUCAGAGCAGCUCUGGAUACCAUUAGAUUUUGCUUUAGUAGAAUGUAUGGUCCACAGACAGCAACUGUGGAAUCUAUAAUGAGGGACAAGAUGCCCAAAAAAGGUGGAAGGUGGUGGUUUUCAUGGCGAGGGAGGAACAGCACUAUUAAAGAGGAAACAAAGCAAGAGCAAGGUGUGAGUGAGAGUGGACUUAUAGAAGACUCUUCCCAGAUGAGCAGGGCAAACAGAAUAAAAGAUGAAUCUUCUUCAAGCGAUGAAGACCCUAGAGCUGCCAAACAAAACCUUGGGUCAUUACAAACCAACUCCAGUCAUCUCUCAUUAUUAUCUGGAGUCAGUUACAAAAAAUCACUUCGGCUCACUUCUGACCAGCUUAAAAGCUUAAAGCUCAAGAAUGGCCCCAACGAUGUGACCUUUAGUGUUACAACACAGUAUCAAGGCACUUGCCGCUGCGAAGGCACCAUUUACCUAUGGAAUUGGGAUGAUAAAGUUGUUAUUUCUGACAUUGAUGGAACCAUCACACGGUCAGAUACUUUAGGUCAUAUUUUACCAACUCUUGGCAAAGACUGGACACACCAAGGGAUUGCAAAGUUGUACCAUAAAGUGAGCCAAAAUGGAUAUAAGUUUUUGUACUGCUCAGCACGUGCUAUUGGAAUGGCAGGCAUGACCAGAGGAUACUUGCACUGGGUCAAUGAACGAGGAACUGUGCUGCCUCAGGGACCAGUGUUGCUGAGUCCAAGCAGCCUGUUCUCAGCUCUUCACAGGGAGGUCAUAGAAAAGAAGCCAGAAAAAUUUAAAGUUCAGUGUUUGACAGACAUCAAAAAUUUGUUUUAUCCUAACACAGAACCCUUUUAUGCUGCUUUUGGAAACAGACCUGCUGAUGUUUAUUCAUACAAGCAGGUGGGGGUUUCUUUAAACAGGAUAUUUACAGUUAACCCCAAAGGAGAACUUAUACAGGAGCAUGCAAAGACAAACAUCUCAUCCUAUGUCAGACUCUUUGAAGUGGUAGAUCACAUUUUCCCUUUGCUAAAAAGAAGCCAUUCUUCAGACUUUCCUUGUUCUGACACCUACAGUCAGUUCACCUACUGGAGAGAACCUCUGCCGCCGUUUGAAACUCAGGAUGUACAUCCAACCUCGUCUUAACUGCAUCUCCAAGCCGUUGGCCUCUGCUCAAAGAAUGAGUUGGCUUGUAUUGACAGGACAGCAGGUGGCUUUUGCUGUUGACAGUUCACCUGGAAUCUGUGAUGAUGUGAGCACUGUAUUCUUUUGCUGUGAGCACACUUAGAAAUGCUUUUUCAUAUUUAGUCACGUUUCCAGACAAGAGGAGUCUUGCUGGGAAUAGGAGUUGCAUUUCUAGGUCUUCACCUGGCUCCUCAAAUUGUGCCGUGCACUUUCAUUGCGUAAGGUCAAAUAAAAGUGAACUGAUGUUGGAGUUGCAGUUAAACGUGCCAUAAGGUUGUAAGGUGGUUCCAUGUCUGUUCUGCAUCACUGAAGCCAUCUUUCAUCUCGUCAGAACCGCUUGCCAGUAAGGGAGCUGAAGGUGCUCACCGUUCCUGACAUCGUCUGGUGACACGGACAGGGAUUGCAAUCCAUACAUCAAAAUUUUUCUUUCUGAAGGAGCAAAUGAUUCUUCCCGUUUCCCCUUGCUUGACCAACAAUUGUUUGUUUAAGAGUUAAUUACUGGUCUAGAUCCUCACUGAUAUACAUCACUAUAGCUGUCAAAGCCGUUUGAGCCGUGUUGAUUUAUUCCAGCCUGUUUUGACAUGGGAUAUUUCUGAGGAAAUAAAUUAUGUGUAGUCUAAAUAGAAGGUAAAUGAAAUAGGAUGGCCAGAUUCUUCCAGUCUUUUUCAAUUUGAGAAGUAUCAUGCUUCAAGAGUAGCUAUUUGGAUCAAGGUAAGUGGGCAAGUGGAAGAUACAGGCUAUACUAUGCGUGAUGCUCACAUUAUUGAAGUGGGUGAUUUUCAGUAAAGGCAUUUUACCCACACAAUGUGCUGAGGUUCAAGAUUGUUACUGAGCCAAGAACACUGAGGAUUUUGUCAAAAUGGAAUAGUUUUAUUUGAAACAUUACUUUUACUAAAAUGUGAAUUUUGAUGCCGGUGAACGAUGCAUCUCAGGUUUUUACUGUAUGGAUUUUUUUGCUUUGUCUUGUAGUGUAAAGAAUGGAUACUUAUAGUGCAAUUUACUCUCUUUUAAGGUAAUGAACUCUCCUCUUUCAUGUUUUUUUUCCUUAUUUAUCCGGACACAAGCUGUAGUUACUUUUUUUUGCUACCUACUUUUGACAGCCUUAAGACUUAAAUAUGCAUGCUAAAAGCAAUACUGCAGAUCAGUUGAUGAUGUUUUCCAAAUGGUCUGCCUUUACACAAUGUGGUAGUUCAAAUGUGGACUUCAAGUGCCCACAUGCCAAAUGAUUCUCAAAUGUGCUUGUAGUUAGGAAAGUAACUUUUUUUUUUACUUCUAAAAUAUAGUGAAAAGUCUAAUUGUUCUGAAACACUGAAAAUGGCAGCAUGGGAUUCUAUGUAUAUUGUAUUUCAGUAUGGCUGAACCCAUGGUUCACAAGCUGUGAUCUCUGCCAGCUUGUGAUCUCUGAGGCUGUGGUACGUUUUGCAGCUGCUUUGUAGUUUUUUCAGUUAAGAGUUUAAUAACAGGAAGGCAGAGUGGUCCAGGAGAAAUUUUAAGAUAUGAUUAUGGUUGUUAUCACCCAGAAGUUUGGGAAUGGCUGCUCUGUAUCACAUUUCUUCUGUUACAACAGAUUCUGAUUUUGCAUGUCAAGAGUGAUGGCAACGUAGAUGGGAUGGUAACUCUGUUUGAGGGGUUUUCUAAUUUUUAGUACUGCAGACUUUAUCUGGGAUGUCAGUGGGCCAAUUUAUGAUUUUUCUCUGUGCCUUCAGUAGUAACGAAUAUAAGCGCAAUCCUUUACACAGCUGCAGUGUGCAGUGGUGAGCACUCCCUAGGUCUUCCUUUCACAUGAACGCUUCUGCUUCAGGCAAGAUGCAUGUCCACUUUGGAGAUACCAGGAUUAGACACAAUGAGGAACAAAUGCAGAUUGAUUGUUCUCUCUUGGAAGUUUGAAGAAAAUGCAAAUACCUUUUUACUUAAAGAUGGAAGAAAUGUGUGGUGGAUUUUCUGAAAGACAGUCAGUGGGGAUUGCAGGUUGCCAAACUGAGAUAGUUGCGUCUCUAAAUAUAGCCACACGUUCCUUUAAUCAUCUAAUAAUAUUUAUAAUUAAUGAUUGAAUAAAUGGAUAAAUGUCCUAGCUGCAUCCUAUUGAAAUUCAGUUUUGGUAAAGGCCUAUUUCAAUCCAUUUAUUAUGUAAAAUAAACCUAACUAACCCUUCUCUUCAAUUAGAGGCUGUCAGUUUUGUUGCAUUUAUCCUUAACAAUAGUAAAGAUCUAUUUUCCUAAGAUAUUACACAAGCAACUCCCAACAGAAAAUAUGCUCCCUGAAAAUUCUCCACAAUUAAACGAUGUGAUGUGUUUAUUUAUAAAUUAAUAAAUAGGUAAUCCAAGGUUGUUUGUCGCCAUUUGUAUUUCAACCCAAAUAAUAGUGUGACUAAGGGUCUGUUUUAAUUCUGUCAGACUGUAGCCGUGGUGAAGUUCUGGUACAGGUAACCCUGAGAUGCUGCAGAAUCUGUCCCAGAGCUUUUCAAGACUUGGUUAAACAGGGUUAUGGCUGACUUGAUCCAGUGCUGGCAAUCAUCUGCUUCAAGGAUGAAGUUGGACUGCAUGACCUCCAGGGGUCUCUUCUGACCAACAUUUCUGCGAUUCUGUGACAUUAAACGCCUUACCACUGACAUGCUUGUACCCCUGUGUAUCUGAAAGUUGAGAUAUAGCUGAACAGUGUCAGGAAUGUGUGUUUGUAAAAUGUUUAUCAAAUUUGCUCACAAAAAAGACACACAUGAAAAUCAAGGGUUUGACCUGCUAGAAACAUCACCAUACUUUUCCAGAAAGUAUAAGACAUUUUGAUUUGGUAGCUGAUUAAUUUUAGCAUAAUAUUUAAACUGCUUUGUUAAUUCAUAUAGAAGAAAAAGGGAUCGUUUAACGAAUUCCUACUCUUUCUGUGAAAGAAAAAAUACCAACCUUGUUUGCAGUGUAAUGCUGGGUUUUGUUACAGAAAGAAUAUGCUAACAUAAGUAUGCAGAGACAUUAAAUCACACUAUAUUCAGUUCAUACAAUACACAGAAACUAGUAUAUGCAGCAGUUUAUUUUCUUCAAGCGGAUGGCCACACCACUCCAACUGGGUCAUGAGAGGAAAAGAAUACCAUACUUGUGGCAUUAGUUACGUUGAAGAUAAAAUGUUACUGCUGUAAUUUGGGGAGGGAGGAGAAAGAGGGUAUUGGGUAUUUUUAUUUAUAGAUAUGGAUUAUUAUUAUUAUUUCAAAACCUAUUUAUAUACAGUAUUUACUCUGUAUAUGUAUGUGCUACUGCAAUGAUGAAAAUAAUUUUAACACUUCAUUUUGAUCUGAAUGCAACAAGGGUAGAAAUAUAUAUUGUAAUAAAGGCAAAUAUAAAUUUUU